CUGUCGCCCCAAGAUGGCGGACACAAUGAGCCGGUGCCGCGCCGGUUGGCCCUGAGGCGACUCUGAGGAGGAACGGUCGCCUAGGCCCCACGGUCCAGGCAGAAGAGUAUCGCCAGUGCGAGAGGGGAAGGAGGCGGACUUACUGCUCGCAGCCCUUCCGCUCGCCGCCAGUGCGGCGCCCGCCCCGCCCGGGUUGGCCCUCCGCAGCCCGCCCGCUCGCCCGCCAUCCAGCCCCGCCCCGGCCCUGCGCCGCUGCCGCCUCCAGCAGCCGCCGCCAUGAAGCUGACCGACAGCGUGCUGCGGAGCUUCCGCGUCGCCAAGGUGUUCCGCGAGAACUCAGACAAGAUUAACUGCUUUGACUUCAGCCCCAAUGGCGAGACGGUCAUCUCGAGCAGUGACGACGACUCCAUCGUGCUCUAUGACUGCCAGGAGGGCAAACCAAAGAGAACCUUAUACAGUAAGAAAUAUGGUGUGGACCUCAUCAGAUACACGCAUGCAGCAAACACAGUCGUUUACAGCUCUAACAAAAUAGACGAUACUAUCCGUUACCUAUCCUUACAUGACAACAAAUACAUCAGAUACUUUCCUGGACAUAGCAAAAGGGUGGUGGCCUUGUCCAUGUCACCUGUGGAUGACACUUUCAUUUCUGGGUCUCUUGAUAAGACUAUUCGACUCUGGGAUCUCCGGUCUCCUAACUGCCAGGGCCUCAUGCAUCUUCAGGGCAAGCCAGUUUGUUCUUUUGAUCCAGAAGGGUUAAUUUUUGCUGCAGGUGUCAACUCUGAAAUGGUCAAACUUUAUGACCUUCGUUCUUUUGAUAAGGGACCAUUUGCAACAUUUAAGAUGCAGUAUGAUCGGACUUGUGAGUGGACAGGACUCAAGUUCAGCAAUGAUGGCAAGCUUAUACUCAUCUCCACCAACGGCAGCUUCAUACGUCUCAUUGAUGCAUUCAAGGGAGUGGUGAUGCACACAUUUGGGGGUUACGCCAACAGCAAAGCUGUCACACUAGAGGCUUCAUUUACUCCAGACUCUCAGUUUAUUAUGAUUGGUUCAGAGGAUGGCAAGAUCCAUGUUUGGAAUGGAGAGAGCGGUAUAAAAGUAGCUGUACUGGAUGGUAAACACACAGGCCCCAUUACCUGUUUGCAGUUUAACCCCAAGUUCAUGACUUUUGCCAGUGCGUGUUCCAACAUGGCCUUCUGGUUGCCAACCAUUGAUGACUGACCCUGAUGCUACUCAGCUAUUUCUGUAUAAUGGGGGUGGCCAG